AUGUCAAAUAAUCCCAGUUCUCCAGUGAUGGGUCCUAUUGAUGAGGGAAGUUCUUCUCCCGGCCGCAACCAGCCCUCAAGCAUGGGUCCAAAUGGUGAUCCAUCCAGUCCAGCAUUGUUUUUUAACUCAUCAUCAUCCCAACCACAGGGUGAUUCUCAACCUGUCGCCCCAUCUUCGCCAAUUCAUUUCCCAUCUUCCUCUAACAGACCAAUGAGCUCAGAUGUUCACUCUCAAGGAAGAAGGAGCAACAGAAAUCACCUUGCAGCCAACAGAUCGAGUGCUUUAGGAAGAUUCUCUGACUACGGAAGCGAUAGACAGGUACUACAUAGUUCCUCUUCUAAUAUGGGCGGCUACCCUUCUCAGAGAACUAAUUUAAGAAGAAAUGAUAUUCACGCCUCAGAUCUAUCCUCACCAAGAAGGAUUGUAGACUUCGACUCCAGGUCAGGUAUACAGCAACCUUCUUCUUCUUCCUCUUCAAUGCCUUCCGAAGCUACCGAACCUCUAAGAAUUAUUUGGGGUACAAAUGUCAGCAUACAAGAAUGUGCCAAUAGCUUCAGGAAUUUCCUGAUGUCAUUUAAGUACAAGUAUAGAAGAGUUUUGGAUGGGAAGACAGAUAUAACCGAUGAUGAAGCAGAAGAAGAACUAUACUAUGUGAAGCAACUUAAUGAAAUGAGAGAACUUGGUACAUCAAAUUUAAACCUCGAUGCACGCAAUUUGCUAGCAUUUAAACAAACCGAGGAGUUGUAUUAUCAACUAUUGAACUAUCCACAAGAAGUCAUAUCAAUUAUGGAUCAAACCAUCAAAGACUGUAUGGUAUCUCUUGUGGUUGAUAACCAAUUAGAACAUGAGUUAGACGAAAUUGAGUCGAAGUUUUACAAAGUAAGACCUUACAAUGUUGAAACUCAAAAAGGUAUGAGAGAAUUGAAUCCAAAUGAUAUAGAUAAGUUGAUAAGCCUGAAAGGGUUGGUUCUUAGAGCGACACCUGUUAUACCAGACAUGAAAGUAGCUUUUUUCAAAUGUAAUAUUUGUGAUCACACCAUGGCUGUUGAAAUCGAUCGUGGUGUAAUUCAGGAACCAGCUAGAUGUGAACGUGUUGAUUGUAAUGAGGCUAACUCUAUGACGCUAAUUCAUAAUAGAUGCUCUUUCGCUGAUAAACAAGUUAUUAAACUGCAAGAAACUCCUGAUUUGGUUCCAGAUGGACAAACACCUCACUCUGUUUCUCUAUGUGUUUACGACGAGUUAGUUGAUAGUUGCCGUGCUGGUGACAGAAUUGAAGUUACAGGUACCUUCAGAUCAAUCCCCAUCAAGGCCAACUCUAGACAACGUGUCUUAAAAUCUUUAUACAAAACAUACAUUGAUGUCGUCCAUGUAAAAAAGGUCUCGAACACUAGAAUUGGUGUUGAUGUUUCAACUAUCGAACAAGAACUAUUGCAAAAUAAACUAGAUAAUAAUGAUGUCGAAGAAGUAAGACAAAUCUCUGAUGCUGAAAUCGAGAAGAUAAAGCAGGUUGCACAAAGACCCGAUCUUUAUGAUCUUCUUGCGAGAUCUAUAGCGCCAAGUAUUUAUGAAUUAGAUGACGUCAAAAAGGGUAUAUUACUACAAUUAUUUGGUGGUACUAACAAAACGUUUAAGAAGGGUGGUCGUUAUAGAGGUGAUAUUAACAUUUUGCUAUGUGGUGACCCCUCCACAUCCAAAUCCCAGAUCUUACAAUAUGUUCAUAAAAUUGCUCCUAGAGGUGUCUACACAUCUGGUAAGGGUUCAUCAGCAGUAGGUCUAACGGCAUAUGUCACAAGAGAUGUCGAUAGUAAACAAUUAGUUUUAGAGAGUGGUGCCUUAGUGCUUUCUGAUGGUGGUAUCUGUUGUAUUGAUGAAUUCGAUAAAAUGAGUGAAUCAACUAGAUCUGUUCUUCACGAAGUGAUGGAACAACAAACGAUCUCCGUUGCUAAAGCUGGUAUUAUCACAACAUUGAAUGCUAGAAGUUCCAUUUUAGCUAGUGCAAACCCUAUUGGAUCCCGUUAUAACCCUAAUCUACCUGUUACUGAAAAUAUUGAUCUUCCACCCCCAUUACUGUCAAGAUUCGACCUUGUUUAUAUUAUUUUGGAUAAAGUUGAUGAAAGCACUGACCGUGAUCUGGCAAAACACUUGACCAGUCUUUAUCUAGAGGACAAGCCUGCACAUGUUACUACCGAUGAUGUUCUCCCAAUCGAUUUCUUAACACAAUACAUCAAUUAUGUCAAACAGAAUGUUCAUCCACUUGUAACAGAGCAAGCAAAAAAUGAACUUGUAAAGGCUUAUGUUGGCAUGAGAAAAAUGGGUGACGAUUCAAGAUCAGAUGAAAAGAGAAUUACUGCAACAACGAGACAGCUUGAAAGUAUGAUUCGUUUAUCUGAAGCCCAUGCCAAGAUGAGAUUAUCAAGCACUGUAGAUCUUGAAGACGUCCGUGAGGCUGUCAGAUUAAUGAAAUCGGCUAUUAAAGAUUACGCAACUGAUCCAAAGACAGGUAAAAUCGAUAUGAAUUUGGUUCAAACUGGUAAAUCAGUUAUACAGCGUAAAUUACAAGAGGAUUUGGCUAGGGAGAUAAUACGUAUUCUGAAGGAGUAUCCAGCUGACUCUAUGAGUUUCAAUGAGUUGAUCAAGCAAAUCAAUGAACAAGCACAAGACAGAGUAGAACCAAGUCAAGUGUCAAGCACUUUAUCCAGGUUACAGCAGGAAGAUAAAGUGAUUAUCCUGGGUGAAGGUGUUAGAAGAUCAGUACGUCUGAAUAUCAGAGUAUGA